GGCACCUUUUAGCCUAUUAAGCCACACACCCUGCAUAAUCUGUGGCUCCAACUCAGCAAGAAAAGACAUGCUUUGGAAUCUUAUCCCUGCGCUUGGGACUUUCUGCUGCUCAGACAAGUUGAAAAGCUUGUUGAGCCACACAAAGGCAGGAAGGCGGGUGCUGGGCUGAGGCCAGGAAGUCCAUUCCCCAAGGAGCCUCCGUGCUGAUUUGCACGCAACCUCAGCAAACGCUUUAGCCGCUUUGCCCCAAGAAAGAUCAACUUCCACAGCCAAGUAGGCAACACGUGGAGAAAUGAGAACAUGGUUUUUUUUUGCCUGAGCUCAAAGAUGGUGGCUUUUGUGCACACGGAAAUGUUUACUGCAGUCCAGGUUCACCUAACUGAAAUAUGAUGUUAGGAGAAAAUAUUUCUUUGCUGGUGACUAGCCAAAAUCAAUUCAGCUAUAUAUUUUUUUCUUUUGCCUUUUUCUAUAUAUAAUUAUAGAUAAAAAUAGCUGUCAAGUCUUCUGAAGAAAAACUGAAUGCGCAUGAAAGCAUCAAAAGCCCAGAAGUCUCUACAAGCCUUCUAAGGAUUUUACUGUGGUGACAGCAACAAACAGAGUGAUGCGGCUUUACUAAAGAAAGCCUAAGUUGGACGGGACAUUUUCAGCAAAGAUGGGGAGCUCCAACUGUUCCACUGAAGACUCCUUUAAGUACACUUUAUAUGGAUGCAUGUUCAGCAUGGUGUUUGUCCUGGGUUUACUAUCGAACUGUGUGGCUAUAUACAUUUUUACCUGCGCUCUGAAAGUACGAAAUGAAACUACAACUUACAUGCUUAAUUUAGCCAUGUCGGAUCUACUUUUUGUUUUUACGUUACCCUUCAGAAUCUACUAUUUUACCACGAAGGACUGGCCCUUUGGAGAUGUCCUCUGCAAGAUUUCAGUCAUGCUGUUUUACAUCAACAUGUAUGGGAGCAUUCUCUUUUUGACCAGCAUCAGCUGCGAUCGCUUCCUAGCAAUCGUGUAUCCGUUUCGUUCUAAAACUGUCCGGACCAAACGCAAUGCAAGGAUAGUCUGCGUGGCAAUCUGGAUCACCGUGACUGCGGGAAGCGUGCCGGGAAGCUUCUUCCAGUCUACCAACACUCAGGUCAGCACAGAAGGACUGGAACAAAACACAUGCUUUGAAAACUUCUCUGAACAGACCUGGAAAACCUAUCUUUCAAGGAUUGUCAUCUUCAUUGAAAUUGUAGGAUUUUUCAUCCCACUGAUCUUGAAUGUGACUUGCUCCGCAAUGGUUUUAAGGACUUUGAAUAAGCCACUUACAUUACAUCGGAAUAAAUUAAACAAAAAGAAGGUACUCAGAAUGAUCUUUGUCCAUUUGAUGAUAUUUUGUCUCUGUUUUGUACCCUAUAACAUUACUCUGAUUCUGUAUUCGCUCAUGAGAACACAAACCUGGAUUAAUUGCUCAGUCAUUUCAGCCAUUAGGACCAUGUAUCCAGUCACGCUCUGCAUUGCAAUUUCAAACUGUUGUUUUGACCCUAUAAUUUACUACUUCACUUCAGAAACUAUACAAAAAUCAAUAAAAAUUAAGAACUGGCCAACUAGAAGACAUGAUUACAGAUUAUCCGAAGCAAAAAAUUCUGAUACAUUAGUUCAUCAUGAACUCCAAACCGUAAAAGCAAAAGUUUUUGACAAUGAAUCUACAAAGUGAAUGAAGUUGGAACAGGAAAAAAAUACAGCAUUUUUCUAAGGUGGCUUCCUCUUCACAGAACAGGAUUUGCUACUCGCCCAGCACAUUUUUCACAGUCCAGCCUCAAGUUCUGACAGUGGCUGCGGCACACUACGAAAACCGUCUCUGAGGGGAAAACCUGCCUCUGAAGCUCGUCUGCGGCUCUCCCCGAGUUCCGUCAGACAAAACCGACAAAUUACAACGCGGGGCAGAAGAAGAGAGGAAACCAGCCCGGAGGCAUCAUCGGAGCUAAAAGGCACCGCAGGGGCGUGGAAAACUCUCAAGGACAGAGCUGCGGGUGACAAGAAAUACGCAAAGGGAAAUGAUGAGAGUGGACUACCAGCCUAUGAACUCCCAGCGUGAGAUGACAAACAUGUGGCAGCAUCGGUGACAGAAUGCAGAGGGAGAGCACAAGCCUGAAAUCUGAGUAAAAACUACAGGGAGCAUAAAAAGUCUGUAAAAAGAUGCUGUUCCUCAAUGCCAGCAAUUAAAUACAAUGAUGGAGGGUUUAAGAGAAAUGCCUAACAGUCAGCCACAUUCACAUCUUUGUUUAAUGUCACACCGUAUUAAUGUUACUAGAACAUAUCUGCUGACAUCCAAAGACUUGGGGCUGUCCAGUAGAAACAAACAGUAGUUUGUUUGGGCCUCCCUCCCCAAUGUGGGGGAGGAACUUCAAAUGAAGGGGAACCAGCCCCUCACUCCAUGCAAGUGCAUUCGCCGCCCGCCUGUGUUACCAUACCAACCUGGCAUAGUUGGGGGAGGGCUUCUCAGGUACCCCUGCCCACUUGCAAGUCUAGGACAGGUGAUGCUGGCAUUGCAGAAAUGGGAAGCCACUUUCUGGCAAUAGCCAGGUCAGCCUACAAGAAUAGUUUUCCGGUUCUCAUGCUCUCAGCCUGCUUGUCAUGUCAGCACAUUUUUAGCAGCCAAGGAAGAACAUGUUCUCAAUAUGAUACAGUAGCCCUGCUGAAUGAAUACUCAUUUCAGCCACAAGAAAACGCCGGACGUCAUGGCCUCCGCUGGUUAUCUUAACACAGAUACUCCCUUCUGUAACUAACUUCUUUUGACCACCUUACAAUACAUUCGAUUGUUUCUCCAACAAUCCACCUCGACCCCUCCCAGAGAUUGUCCUGACAUUCCCCAAGGGUUGGUCUGACCCCCCCAGAGGUGGCCCUUCAUCCUAGAAACCCCCCACCCUCCAAAAAAGCCCCUUGCCCAGUGCCACUGACACCUUUCAGUCUUUGUCACUGUGCCCAACACGACGCACCCCCCUGGAACCAGAUGCUGGUCAUUUGGCUCUGAACCCUGGAUCUUCUUCACUUCUUCACUACCCCAGACCCCUUUUCUAUUCAAAAUCUAUUUCCCAACCCAUCUAUAACUUUGGAACUCUGUGUGUGCAUGUUGCUGAAUUGAAGUAAAUGCUUGUGAACCCAUUCCCCCCACGAUAAAGACUCUGCAUCAUACUCCUCUGUGUGGAAUUUCUUCUGAGAGUUGAUCUCCAUAUAUGCUGUUUUUACAGAUCCCUUACCCCGGCCUCUUGCAAUAUCAACACAAGUCUGCUCUGAGCGAAUAUUCCCCACUAUAACGAGAGGCUGCGUCUCCACCCUGAACGACACCUGCACAGGCCCCACAGGGUCCGUCUUCUGCCACCUGCAGAACAGAGCUAAGGAACCCCCAUAAUCUAUUUAUUAUGCUACUGAAAACACGACUAACAAAACAGUAUCAUUCUGGCAAUUUUCCGAACCUGCACUUAUACUGCACUUAUACAAACACACUAAUAGGUGUGACAGUCUGUCAGAUUUAAAAUGCAAACUUACUGACUGCCAGGCGAGGGAUUCCAUGAUCCGGUGUUCACAGCAUUCCAAGUGUUUUAUCAUUUCUCGUGUGAGGCUUGGUUCUGCUUUAAUAAAGCUCUCAAUAACCUUG